AUGGCAUACUUGAAAAAUAUGCAAAUUGGUCACGACUCUAAAUUAUCCAACAUACAGUCUGAGCUUUCGCAAUAUAACGACAAAUUUGAGGUAUUGUUAUCAAAAAUCGACAACUUAUCUUCGGAGGUUUUGGCAUUAAAAAAUGAAAACAUUACAUUAAAAGCCGAUGUUGAGUCUCUUCAGCUAAAAAUAAAGGAUCUAGAAUCUAAACCAAUCAGUUUUCAAUCCUUGGCACCUGUCGAUAUUGUGAAAGAAUCUGAGGAAAGAAUCUCUAGAAACCGUAAUUUACUAUUUUUCAAUGUUUCUGAUAAUGUAAAUGAAACACCGGAUAAUUUAUCUCAGACUAUAAAUAGUUUACUACAUAUUUUGUCAGUUUCGGUAUCUAUCUCUAAAAUAAUUCGAAUCGGAAAAAUCGGAUCGAAGCCUAGACCUAUUUUGGUUGAAUUGUCCAGUACCCAAGAUGUACAUUCUGUUUUGAAAUGUAAGUCUAAACUCAAUAAUUCCGCUCAAUGGAAACAUGUUGGAAUUUCAACGGAUAUGACUCAAUACUAA